GAAUCCCACCAAACACCACCUUCUACCUUAACAUAUCCAUCUUUCUUUCUUCUACUUUCGAUUCUCAUAACACCAAAAUUCAAAAUCAUCUAUUAUUAUAUAUAAAUAUCCAACAUAUUUGUGUGUCAUUUACAAGGUUGUUUUUUUCUAUAAUGUCUUCCAACAAGAAAAACAUCAUGCGAACAAUUUUCACAACAAACGGAAGCUGUGGAUCAUGCGUAAAACCAAAAGCCAUUCAAGUCCAUGAACCAACCCUAAAACCCAAACUUCCCAUCAACCAUAAUAACAAGAUCACAAACUCUAGUAAGGCUUCUUCUACUACAACUUCAGGCGACCGAAACGGCGCCGUUUGUAGCGUCGACGACAGCGAUGAUUUCUCCACCACCACGUUCUCGGAAGCAGAUACAAUAAACAACUACUCCGCACCCAAACAGAGUCCGUUAAUGAACACCGUCGCGGUCGAGAAGGACUCCGAAGAUCCGUAUCAUGAUUUCAAACAUUCCAUGCUUCAAAUGAUCUUCGAGAAUGAGAUCGAUUCCGAAGACGAUCUUCAAGAUCUUCUCCGGUGUUUUCUUCAUCUGAAUGAAUCAUGUUAUCAUCGUGUGAUCGUUAAAGUCUUCAAUGAAAUCUGUCAUGAAGCUUUUCCUGAUAAGUGUGAGGGGCGAAAAAAUCCAUUUGACCCUGGGGCGAGGGUGAAUGGUAAAUUGUUAUCCCGACUGAAUUUGAGGACGGUGUAGGACAAAUACAAAGUGUUGCGGAAUCGGAACUGGUAAAGCUUUUAAGUCCACCUCGUUACCAUGCUUACGUUAAAUCCAUGAUAUCCAUUAUACCCCCAAGAUAAACAUAUAGAUAAGAAGAUUAAGAUAAGGUCCGGGAAACCCAUUAGAUAAAGAAAAAGAUCAAUCUUGUUUAAAGAUUUUAAUUCUUAUAAAAGGGUGCAAUUAGUGUUAUUUUCUACCUUAGAAAUUUUGUGUUGGUUAAUGAAAAUUCCAAAA